CCGGAGCCUGGGCCCCAGGGCCGGAGCCGCCGCCUGCAGCCCCCGCGGGCCCCGUUGCCGGCGCUCACCAUGCCGUGGCCGUUCUCGGAGUCCAUCAAGAAGAGGGCAUGUCGCUACCUCCUGCAGAGAUACCUGGGCCACUUCCUGCAGGAGAAGCUGAGCCUGGAGCAGCUCAGCCUGGACCUGUACCAGGGCACCGGCUCCCUCGCCCAAGUCCCCUUGGACAAAUGGUGUCUCAAUGAGAUCCUGGAGUCGGCAGAUGCACCUUUAGAAGUCACUGAAGGAUUCAUACAGUCAAUUUCUCUGUCAGUUCCAUGGGGCUCCUUGCUGCAGGAUAAUUGUGCACUGGAAGUGAAAGGGCUAGAAAUGGUCUUCCGGCCUAGACCCCGCCUAGCAACUGGUUCUGAGCCUAUGUAUUGGUCAAGUUUCAUGACCAGCAGUAUGCAAUUGGCAAAAGAAUGUCUUAGCCAGAAAUUAACAGAUGAACAAGGAGAAGGAUCUCAGCCUUUUGAAGGACUUGAAAAGUUUGCUGAAACCAUUGAAACAGUACUAAGAAGAGUAACAGUCACUUUUAUAGACACAGUCUUGAGAAUUGAACACGUGCCAGACAAUUCCAAAACUGGAACUGCGCUUGAGAUUCGAAUAGAAAGAACUGUCUACUGUGAUGAAGCUGCUGACGAGUCCUCAGGAAUUAAUGUGCAUCAGCCCACAGCCUUUGCUCACAAGUUACUUCAGCUCUCCGGAGUAUCUCUCUUCUGGGAGGAGUUUUCUGCGUCAGCAAAAUCUUCCCCAGUGUGUUCAACUGCACCAGUGGAAACUGAGCCAAAGCUGUCACCUAGCUGGAAUCCCAAAAUUGUUUAUGAGCCACACCCACAGCUAACUAGAAAUUUACCAGAGGUAGCACCCUCUGACCCAGUGCAGAUUGGAGGGCUAAUUGGUAGGCUGGAGUUGAGUCUCACAUUGAAACAGAAUGAAGUACUUCCUGGAGCUAAGUUGGAUAUUGAUGGACAGAUAGACUCUAUUCAUCUAUUCCUGUCACCAAGGCAGGUGCACUUGCUUUUGGAUAUGUUAGCAGCUAUUGCUGGACCAGAAAAUUCUAGCAAAAUAGGGUUAGCUAAUAAAGAUAGAAAAAACCGACCCAUGCAGCAGGAAGACGAAUAUCGAAUUCAGAUGGAAUUAAACCGGUAUUAUUUGAGAAAAGAUUCCCUUUCGGUGGGUGUGUCUUCAGAGCAAAGUUUUUAUGAGACAGAAUCUGCUCGUACACCUUCUAGCCGUGAAGAAGAAGUUUUCUUCUCCAUGGCUGAUAUGGACAUGUCUCAUAGUCUCUCUUCUCUUCCACCUCUGGGAGACCCUCCAAAUAUGGACCUUGAGUUAUCAUUAACUAGUACAUACACAAAUACUCCAGCAGGAUCUCCAUUAAGUGCUACUGUGCUUCAGCCAACGUGGGGAGAUUUCCUUGAUCAUCAUAAAGAACAACCAGUAAGAGGGUCCACCUUGCCAUCCAACCUAGUUCACCCACCAAAUUUACAGAAGACUUCUCUCCCAUCUAGAUCUGUUUCAGUGGAUGAAUCCAGGCCUGAACUUAUUUUUAGACUAGCUGUGGGAACCUUGUCCAUCUCUGUGCUUCACAUCGAUCCUUUAUCACCACCUGAAACAUCACUCAACCUCAAUCCAUUGACACCUUUGGCGAUAGCUUUCUUUACCUGCAUAGAAAAUAUUGACCCAGCAAGAUUUUCAGCAGAUGAUUUUAAGUCUCUCCGAGCAGUAUUUGCGGAAGCUUGCAAACACGAUCACCUUCGAUUUAUAGGUACUGGCAUCAAAGUGUCCUAUGAACAAAGACAAAGAUCAGCUUCCCGAUAUUUUAGUACUGACAUGUCCAUCGGGCAAAUGGAACUUUUGGAGUGCCUAUUUCCCACGGAUUUUCAUUCUGUUCCUCCUCACUACACAGAGCUUUUAAUGUUCCAUUCCAAAGAACGAACUGAUUCCCAUUCACCUGUAUGUCUUCAGCUUCAUUAUAAGCAUUCUGAGAAUAAAGGACCCCAGGGCAAUCAAGCAAGACUUAGUUCUGUUCCUCAGAAGGCAGAAUUACAAAUUAAGUUGAAUCCUGUGUUUUGUGAGCUGGAUAUCAGUAUUGUGGACAGGUUAAAUUCCUUGCUCCAACCACAAAAGCUUACCACAGUAGAGAUGAUGGCAUCUCACAUGUAUACUUCAUACAAUAAACAUAUUAGUCUGCACAAGGCUUUCACUGAAGUAUUUCUGGAUGAUUCACAUAAUCCUGCAAAUUGUCGGAUAUCCGUACAAGUUGCCACACCAGCUUUAAACCUUUCUGUUCGCUUCCCAAUACCUGAUCUUCGGUCAGAUCAAGAAAGAGGACCAUGGUUUAAGAAGUCACUUCAGAAGGAGAUGCUUCAUUUAGCAUUCACAGACCUAGAAUUUAAGACUGAAUUUAUAGGAGGAUCAACCCCAGAGCAAAUUAAAUUGGAACUUACCUUUAGAGAACUAGUUGGAUCAUUCCAGGAAGAUAGAGGAGAACCAUCUAUUAAGUUUUUCCAUGUGUCUAGUGGAGUAGAUGGAGAUACAGCAUCAUCCGAUGACUUUGACUGGCCACGAAUUGUACUCAAAUUAAAUCCGCCAGCUGUGCAUUCCAUUUUGGAGCGAAUAGCUGCGGAGGAAGAAGAGAGUGAUGGCCGCUACCAGGAAGAGGAGGAAGGGGGUGCUCAUUCCCUGAAGGAUGUUUGUGAUCUGCGAAGACCGGCCCCAUCUCCCUUCUCCUCUCGGAGAGUCAUGUUUGAAAAUGAGCAGAUGGUGAUGCCUGGAGACCCUGUAGAAAUGACAGAGUUUCAGGAUAAAGCAAUCAGCAAUUCUCACUAUGUGCUGGAACUUACGUUACCCAACAUUCAUAUAACACUACCUAAUAAAAGCUUUUAUGAGAAGCUUUAUAAUAGGAUCUUUAAUGACUUGCUGCUGUGGGAACCAACAGCUCCUUCACCAGUGGAGACAUUUGAAAAUAUUUCUUAUGGUCUUGGUCUUUCUGUAGCCAGUCAGCUGAUUAACACCUUCAACAAAGAGAGUUUUAGUCCAUUUAAAUCCACAGUUCACUAUGAUGAGGAAAGUGGAUCUGAGGAGGAGACGUUGCAGUAUUUUUCUACAGUGGAUCCCAACUAUCGUUCCCGUAGGAAAAAAAAAUUAGACUCUCAGAACAAGAACUCACAGAGUUUUCUCUCUGUUCUUCUGAGUAUCAAUCAUGGAUUAAUGGCAGUGUUUACAGAUGUCAGGCAAGAUAAUGGAGAGCUGUUGGAAAAUAAGCAUGGCGAGUUCUGGUUAGAGUUCAACAGUGGUUCCUUGUUUUGUGUGACCAAGUAUGAAGGCUGUGAUGACAAGCACUACAUCUGCCUUCAUGCCAGCAGUCUCAGUCUAUACCACAAAGGCGUAGUAGAUGGAGUGAUUCUUCCUACAGAAACACGACUGCCUAGUUCAACCCGCCCACACUGGUUGGAACCUACUAUUUAUUCCUCUGAAGAAGAUGGCCUCAGUAGAGCUUCUUCAGAUGGUGUUGGAGGAGACACUUUGAAUAUGCUCUCUGUUGCAGUUAAAAUACUUUCUGAUAAAUCAGAGUCCAAUACAAAGGAAUUUCUCAUUGCUGUGGGGUUGAAAGGAGCCACACUCCAGCACAGAAUACUUCCUUCUGGGCUUAGCUGGCACGAGCAGAUUUUAUACUUCUUGAAUAUUGCUGAUGAACCUGUUCUGGGAUAUAAUCCUCCAACUUCGUUUACAACUUUUCAUGUUCAUCUCUGGAGCUGCGCACUUGAUUACAGGCCUCUUUAUUUGCCGAUCCGAUCUCUUCUCACUGUGGAAACCUUCAGCGUUUCAAGUAGCGUGGCCUUGGACAAAUCCUCGUCUACUCUCAGGAUAAUCUUGGAUGAAGCUGCUUUACAUCUGUCUGACAAGUGUAAUACUGUCACUAUUAAUUUGAGUAGAGAUUACGUUCGUGUGAUGGAUAUGGGGCUUUUGGAAUUAACCAUAACUGCAAUGAAAUCUGAUUCUGAUGGAGAGCAAACUGAGCCACGCUUCGAGCUACACUGUUCUAGUGACAUUGUCCAUAUCCGAACGUGCUCAGACUCUUGUGCUGCGUUAAUGAACCUCAUUCAAUACAUUGCAAGCUAUGGGGACUUACAUGCAGCGAGCAAGGUAGAGAUGAAGCCUGGAGCCCCUCACCGAAAGAUGAAGGUAGAGCCAGCAGCGUCGUUCAUUAGAACUAACUCACCCCUGACACCUUGCAGCCACGUAGAUUCCAGUGGUCGUUCAUCCUCACGAGGUCCAGUCCUUCCUGAAGCCGACCAGCAGAUGUUACGUGAUUUGAUGAGUGACGCUAUGGAAGAGGUUGAUCUGCAACAGACUGCUACGUCUACGCAAGCCCAGGCUAACGGUGUUUUGGAUGAAAAAUCUCAAAUUCAGGAGCCUUGUUGUUCAGACCUCUUCCUGUUUCCAGAUGAGAGUGGGAAUGUGUCCCAGGAGCCUGGCCCUCCUUAUACCUCAUUCACACCCCACUCGAUUAGUGAUGCAAUGGCAGGUGUGCCUACUGAGAAUGAUGACUUUUGCAUUCUUUUUGCACCAAGAGCAAACAGUCAGGAUAAGGAAGAAGAGCCCAUUGUAAAAGUAAUGGUUGAUGAUGCAAUUGUAAUAAGAGAGAAUUACUUUAGUCAGCCUGUUAAGAAGACCGAUACAAGCAAAGCCCCAUUGCAUUUUCCGGUCCCUGUCGUCCGCUAUGUUGUUAAAGAAGUCUCUCUUGUUUGGCAUCUUUAUGGAGGAAAGGAUUUUGGAACAGCCCCUCCUACUUCUCCAGCUAAAAGUUACAUCAGUCCUCACAGCUCACCUUCUCACACACCCACAAGGCAUGGACGCAACAUGGUAUGUGGGGGAAAAGGAAGAAACCAUGACUUUUUAAUGGAAAUACAAUUAAGCAAGGUGAAGUUUCAGCACGAGGUCUACCCGCCUUGCAAGCCAGAGUGUGAUUCUGGCCUCAUAGAGCACCCAGUCUCCCGGCAGGUGUUCAUUGUGCAGGAUCUUGAAAUUCGAGAUCGUCUGGCAACAUCACAAAUGAAUAAGUUUUUGUACCUGUAUUGUAGUAAAGAAAUGCCUCGAAAAGCUCAUUCCAACAUGCUGACAGUGAAAGCAUUACAUGUGCGACCGGAGUCUGGCAGGUCACCACAGGAAUGCUGCUUGAGAGUAUCCCUAAUGCCACUUCGCCUCAAUAUUGACCAGGAUGCCUUGUUCUUCCUGAAGGAUUUCUUCACAAGUCUUUCUACGGAAGUAGAGCUUCUAAUGGCUCCAGAUCCAGAAGUUAAAAAGUCUCCUGGAGCUGAUGUUACCUGCAGUUUGCCAAGGCACUUAAGCGCCUCCAAAGAGCCAAAUCUAGUUCUGUCUUUCCCUGGGCCAAAGCAGCCUUCCCAAGAUGAUAGUGCCAAUUCAGCGGAAGUGGUUAAUGGGGAAGAAGAGAAGGACUUCUCAGCUGAAGAAACAUCAUUUAGUGAUCAGCCCGUGUUUUUUAGAGAAUUUAGAUUCACAUCAGAAGUACCUAUUCGACUUGAUUAUCAUGGCAAACACGUAUCAAUGGAUCAGGGUACACUAGCUGGGAUUCUGAUUGGUCUGGCCCAGUUAAACUGUUCAGAACUGAAGCUAAAGAGGCUUUUCUACCGGCAUGGCUUGCUAGGUGUUGACAAAUUGUUUUCAUAUGCAAUCACCGAAUGGCUUACUGACAUUAAGAAGAAUCAGCUACCAGGAAUCCUGGGAGGUGUGGGGCCUAUGCAUUCACUAGUACAAUUAGUGCAAGGCCUAAAGGACUUGGUCUGGUUACCGAUAGAGCAAUACCGGAAGGACGGUCGUAUUGUCAGAGGGUUCCAGAGAGGCGCUGCCUCCUUUGGCACCUCAACAGCGAUGGCUGCUCUUGAGCUCACAAACAGAAUGGUUCAGACUAUACAGGCAGCAGCAGAGACUGCUUAUGAUAUGGUAUCUCCUGGGACCCUUUCUAUUGAGCCCAAGAAGAUCAAAAGGUUUCCUCAUCACCGCUUAGCCCACCAGCCAGUGGACCUGCGAGAAGGUGUGGCCAAGGCCUACAGUGUUGUGAAAGAGGGACUUACAGACACAGCUCAGACGAUUUAUGAAACUGCAGCACGAGAACAUGAGAGCAGAGGCGUCACUGGUGCUGUGGGCGAGGUCCUGCGCCAGAUUCCUCCCGCAGUGGUGAAACCUCUGAUUGUGGCCACAGAAGCAACAUCAAAUGUAUUAGGUGGCAUGAGAAACCAGAUUAGACCAGAUGUUCGGCAAGACGAGUCACAGAAAUGGCGCCAUGGGGAAGACUGAUAUUUCCGACACAAUUCUUUAUGAAGAUAUUAUGAGGGUGGAAAUAAGGAGUGAUGUCCCAUUGGCAGCUUUAGAGGUUAUUCAUUUAACUUUAUUGUGCUCAUCUCAGGAACAAAAGCAUUUCUUAGCUAAAUAAUUUAAUAUCAAAGCAACAUGCAACCAAAAACUUGUGACAUUUUAGGGCUAGUUUGGUACUUGCCUAGAGAAAUGUUUGGUGGCUAGUGUCAAAAGUCCUUCAGUGUUUGCUGCCAAGUGAGUGGAAUCCUUGCUUUUAUUAAAAUGGCUGUACUUCUCCUUGGUAUAGAUAAGAGAUCAUUGGAAGCCUGUUACAGUACAGAGUGCUCAGAAACAUUUGCGUACUUUGAAAGCACUAUUUAUGUUGCCCUGAGGAGUUGAUUUAUUUCUCAAGGUUUAAAAAAGAAUCACAGCUUCAAAACUCUCAUUGAGAAUGAGAGACAGAAGCCACAGGGAAAGCACAGCAAAUAGGAUUUUAAUAUAAAUAUCACUGAGGAAUAAAUAACUUAGUCUGCUGGAUUUAGUGUCCGUGCACUUGAGAACAUUAUUUCCAUUCCCUCAGAAAAUCUUUCUGUGGGCAUUUGAGGACGUGAAUGUUGCAGACAUGUUCUGUUGUGUUGCACUUUAUCGUGUGUGUGUGUGUGUGUGUGUGUGUGUCACGCGCGUGCGCGUUUAGAUUAAUACAAGUCGUGAUAUAUUCGUUAUGUAAUUUACAAAUCUUCACAAUAUAGAGUAAGACUGAAUGUUUUUGGCAAAGGAAGCUAACUCAAAUGUAACUUCCGUUUAUUUUAAGUAUCAAUGAAAAUAUGCGUUCUAUAAUGAACUGGGGCCCAUAUGAUUGUUUAUGCGUUCACUUUUGAGCGUAUAGAGUGCAAGCUUGUUAGGAAUGUGUGGAAAGGGAGAUUGGAAAUGAUUUUUACUUUUCUGAAAUUAACCAAAAAUCCUCCAAAUAUGCCCUAGUCAGCUAUUUCAAAGUACCGUUUUUACUUGGUUAACAAUGUACGUUUUGAUAACCUGUCAGGAAUGAAUAAAGUAUUUUUAUUUAAAGGUAAAAUUGUUUUAUGCUUCCAUGAAUAUUUUGCUUCUCUUAGAGCAUAUUCAUAGAUGCAAUACUGGGAUCCCUCCCAAGACACUUGGGAAUACUUUCUCAGAACUGAUUUUGGCUGAUAUCAAGUAAAUCAUUACCUAGGAGCGAGAGGGAAAUUGUUAAGAACUCACUUUUUGCUUUAGGUUAAUCUAGCAGAAAGAAGUGCAAGGCUUUGUGUUCAUCCACUGUUUAAAGUUGAAUGAUGUGAAUUCUCAUUUUCUGAAGUGGGGAGAAUGCCAUCAACAUCAGUUUGAAUUUCAAAACUACAGUUUAGGGUUUAAAAAAAUGAUCCAGAAUCAAUUCCAUUCUCUAGAUUUUCUGAACAAGAAAGCAAUGUAAAGCAGACAUCUGGACAUUUAAAAUUUAUAAAAAUUGCAUUAAACAGCAUUUAAUAUUUGUUUCCUUUUUACUGCUGAAAAACUUUAAAAAGGGAUUGCUCAGACAACCAUGUGUUCAAGUGUCAUGGAACCAUCUAUUACUCUCUCCAAUUAAAUGGAACCCAUGUAGAAUGUGAUCCUGAGUAAACAGUAGCCACGCCUGUUCACUAUCACGAAGGCUCAGCCUGCUUGGGGGCAUGUUUUGACCACCUUGCUCACUGACCCCGUGAUUCUCCAUGUUUCCUUAAAACAGCAUAGUAGGUAUGUUAUCUCUGAUGGUUAAUCAAAUUGAACAGCCCUUGAUCAAACUUAAAGAUACAAAAUCUCUUUGAUUUUUAAAUAUAUUUUCUAUAGUUUUACUAAUUAUUUAAGUUCAGUUAGAUAUAGCAUAGGGGGAAAGAGCCCUCCUCAUCUUUGCACUUGGAGUUGCAAACAGACCUGUCUUUUGACAGAUUCGGUGUAUAAAUCCUAUUUUAACAUAUAUCUUCAUAAUGUAAUCUCCAUGGUCCUUUCGCUCUCUGUGCUCCUGUACCUGCUAGCCACAGAAUCUGGGUUUGGGAACCAGAAACCUGACUCAGAAAGGCUCAGUAUCAAGGCUCCGUGUGUUGCCAGUUUAACCGAGAUGCUCUUGUUUUGAGGUGUUGAUGUAGAUUGUGUUUGAACACUUCUGCAUUAUUAAGUAUCCUCAGUUUUUUCUUUUUUAAAAAUGUCUUUUCCAGCUUUAUGUCACAGUGACAUAGUAAGAAGAGGGUCAGGGAGGACCCUUGGGCUGCCAGGUCGGCACUCACUCGGUAGAUAACUUGGCCAAGACGUUACAUUUCUCUAAGCCUCAGGGUCUGUCUGUAAACUAAGGGGUUUUGUAUGAUAAGGCCCAGCAGAGGUUUUUGGAUGUUCAGGGUGUGUGCGUGUAUGUGUGCGUGUGUGUGUGUGUGUGUGAGAGAGAAUGAUGGUGUGAGAUGUAGUGCUCAGUAGAGUGUUCCAGACUGGUGACACCUCAGGUGGUGGCGCUGAAGGGGAGCAUUGAGGUCACACCACACACGGUUGCCACGGCCCCAAAGAACUCUUGGAUCUCCCAGAGUACUGCGUGUCUGAGUGGCCACAGUACCUGUGUGGUUGACUUUUGAUGUGCUCUUCUGCAUGGAGUAGACUGUGUUUGUCCACUUGUCACUGCAUGGAGGCCGUACAGGUGUCUCCCCCAGGAGUCCAGGUGAAGCGAGGUUUAGAACAGCACAGUGUUACAGAGACUUGUGAAGACCACUUUAUAAAGGCAGUGAAGGCCCUGGCAGUCCCUCCUCUUGAAUGGCGUGCACCCUCAGUGUCCCUUCCUGUCUCUCCCCAGAUCGCUAUUAUUUACGAGUAGAAUAUCUUGUAAUACUUGCCUUUUAGGAUAGACGUAAUACAGCAUUUCUUCUGGGCAUAGCAAUAAACUUUCAUUUUAGUGAGGUUUGGGUCUACUUUGGAUUCCCACUUUAAGCACAUGUAUUUAACAUCAAUAUUUUUAUAAUGCAAGACUCACUUUAGGAAAUCUUGCCAAGUCGCAAUGUGCCUAGAAUAGCAUAAAUACUAAAAACCAGUGUUUCCUGUGUCACUUUUAAAUGGUAUUAAAUAUUUCCAGGAGGAAUAUUUCUGGUCCUCUCAUUUAAAAAAGGGUGUUCUGUAGGGUCGGUUCCUUUGUUCAGUUUCAGAACCGCCUAGACCACCGUGUCUGCUCCGGUGCAGGGGCUGCUGGUCCAGAGGUGUCCUGCCUCCCACGGGUGGGUUUGGGAUUGGGUUCUGGGCACUGUGUGUACCCAGGCCAGAGCGGACAGGCGGCAGGCAGUGCUGACUUCCAGCAGUUGUAAAUGAGCACCCUCCACUACGUGGUUUCAGGGUUAACAACUGUCGUAACAUUAAAUUCUGUAGAUGUGAAAAGCAUCGUGACUUCAGAGAAAUCAGUGGCCUUUGCUUCCAUUUUCUUACACCUGCAUCGGAUCGUAUUCCUCAGAGAGAGAUGGGGAGGCGUGUGGCAGGGCUGGUGUUCAUGGUGAGCAGUUACUCUGUGUCCCCUCACGUCGUCUUGACCUACCUAAGACAUUAGGGCCGGUGUCCAUAAAGUUCUUUGAGCUUGAGAGUAAGGGACCAUCAAAAACAAAGUGAUACUCUUUUGUACCUGCAGAUGCAUCCAUUGGACGUACCAGUUAGUGUCAAGUAGAAUAAAUCAAUUAGAAAUUUGUGAAUCUUAGGUUUAACUAGGAAGGUUAUUCGUAUAGAGUAUAGUUCACGUAGGGGGGGAAAUCUUUUAUCAAGCAAUCUUCUGUUUACUGGAAGGUAUAGUCAGUCUUUCCAGAGAAGCCUAGUUGAGUGCUUUAAUGCCAAUUUAUUUUUAUCUCCAUAUUUCCAGGACCUCGUAGGCACACCACCCCCUUUAAUAGUCCUCGUAAAGCAGAGCUGCCGUAAGUCCCCACCUUCCGUGGGGAGUACACCUUCCUUAGAUCCUGUUACUGUAUGUCAGACACAGAAAAGGUUUUUCUAACGCACCGUCAGGACGGGCUGCUUUGGGGAUGGGAAAUUUGAGUUUCAACAAUUCACACUUUGAGAUGUCGGUGGUUUUCAAAAAACACGGUGUUAGGGAUUUUUGCCUCCCGUACCAACCGUGGGCACUGUGGUCCCAAGCGGGUGGCUUUGUAGCAGGUGCCAGAGUGCUCGCCACUGUGUGUCACGAGAUGGCAGAUGUGUCGUCGGCGGGCCCCGUGACCCCUCUAGUGCUGCGGGCGGUGGAAAUAGCGGCCCCUCCUUUAAGAAAUAUGUUUACUUUGCCGUUUCACAUGUAUUCCGUACCUAUGACAUAUGGCAGCUUCCAGCUUCCAGUUGGAUUGGUCUUACAUUGUAGAAGUCGCCGGUCACACGGGACUGGUUGCUCUUUCACUGUGGAAUUUGGGAGGGGCCCCGAGUUCGGCUCUUCUGCGAAUCCAUCCUGAGUUACUUUAGAGACUGAACUUAACCUCACCACGGUGUUGUAUCCUCGUUGCUAAGUUUCCUAAUUUCCCUGCUUAAGAUAAUUUUGGAUGUGAGAAUUUAAGAAUACUGCUGCUGUACGAGUAUUUUUGUGGAAAUGUAACUUGUCAGUGUGACUAUUGGAAAUAUUAUGAAAUGAGUACCUUGGAAGAAAAUUAAAAUAUUUACUCUUUGGA